CGGGCGCGGGGCCGCGGCGCGGGCGGGGCGGGGGAGGCCCCGCACCCGGCGCUCCGGCAGGUGGCACUGGCCGCCUCCCCCGGCCGCCUCCCCCGCGGCCCCCCCGGCCCCGCCGCCGCGCUCAGUCCGCCGGCGCCGAUGCUGCUGAGCGGAGCGGCCGGCUCGGAGCGCGGCGGCGGCGGCGGGGCGGGGGCCGGCGGGGCCCCGCAGUGCGUGGGCACCAUGGCCCGCUGGCUCCGCGAGCACCUGGGCUUCCGCAGCGCCCGGCCCGCGCCCCCCGCGCCGCCCAAGCCCGACUACCGCGCCGGGCCGCCGCCGCAGCCGCCCCCGCCGCCCGGGGGCGCGGCCGAGCCGCUGGCCGCCGCCCAGCCCGACAUCGUGGCGGCCUACCGGCUGCAGAAGGAGCGCGACUUCGAGGACCCCUACAGCGGCCCGCCACCCGCCGCCGCCGCCCCCGACGGGCCCCGCUACGUCUCGCCCAAGCACCGGCUCAUCAAGGUGGAGGCGGUGGAGAAGGUGCCCGCCAGCCCCCCGCCGCCGCCGCUGGUGCCCGCCGCCCCCAGCUCACCCCCGGCCGGCCCCGAGCCGCCCGACGAGCCGCCGCAGGAGCUGGCUGUCCUGGAGGACUACGCAGAUCCCUUCGAUGCGGCGCAGGUGGCAGGUAGCCAGACAGGGCUGGAGAAGGUGACUGAGAAUGAUGGAUAUAUGGAGCCAUAUGAAGCCCAGAAGAUGAUGGCUGAGAUCCGCCAGAAGGGCUUACGGGAGGCUCCUGCCCGGCCGCUGCACCUCUACGACACUCCCUACGAGCCUGUGCUGGACAUGGACAGUGAGCGCCCGGCCUGCCCCAGGCCCAGGGAGUCCCGGCUGCCCGAGGACGACGAGCGGCCACCAGAGGAGUAUGACCAGCCCUGGGAGUGGAAGAAGGAGCGGAUCUCCAAAGCCUUCGCAGUUGAAAUCAAGGUCAUUAAAGACCUGCCAUGGCCCCCGCCGGUGGGACAGCUGGACAGCGGUGAAAGCCCCCCGGAUGGCGAGGCCGGUGCCCCCGUCCCUCCGCAGCACGGCCAGCACAGCUAUGAAGACGCCAAUGGUCCGUCGGAGGGGCUGGGCUACGGCCGCACCUCGCCCUGCAGGGAGGAGAAGGCCAGGGCUGCCCUCAGACACGGCCCCAGCAGCCUCAAGAGCACGAAGACGCUGAUGGCUGAGCCCGGCCCCUUUGUCGGGGAGAGGAUUGACCCUGCCCUACCCCUGGAGAGCCAGUGCUGGUACCACGGGGCCAUCAGCCGGACGGACGCGGAGACGCUGCUGAGGCUGUGCAAGGAGGCCAGUUACCUGGUGCGCAACAGCGAGACCAGCAAGAACGACUUCUCCCUCUCCUUGAAGAGCAGCCAGGGUUUCAUGCACAUGAAACUGUCCCGGACCCAGGAGAACAAGUACGUGCUGGGUCAGCACAGCCCGCCCUUCGACAGCGUGCCGGAGAUCAUCCAUCACUACGCCAGCCGCAAGCUGCCCAUCAAGGGGGCCGAGCACAUGUCCUUGCUUUACCCGGUGGCAAUCCGUACCCUAUAGUACUCACCCCCCACGAGCCAGGCUCGAGGCCGGGUGUACCCAAAACCAGCCCAUGCGCAGGGCCGAGCGCUGCCAUGCCGAGGAUGGGCUCCGGACCGUCAGCCCACGAGCAGCUCGCUGGGCACGGCCGGUGCCGUUGGGGGAUUGCUGCAGCCGGACCCCUCGUCCUGCUCUCUCGGAGGGCUCCCGUGCACUGGUUUGCCCACUGGCAUGGCACCGGAGGGACCCCCUGUGCGAGGAGCUGAGUGGGGCUCGCCGGCUGCCCGCUGCGUGCGCCUGCCUCCAGGCAGAGCUCAGGACACAAGGACUGGAGCUGGGGCCUGGGAGACGCUGGGGAGGGGGGCAGUGUGUGCGAAUACGGGGAUAAAUAAUCCAGUAGCAGGCCUGAGGUGCCUCUGUGAGGGUGCCUGGCACUGCCCAUGAGAGACAAAAGGGCUGUGGGCGAGGAGGCUGGUGGAGGCAAGCGGGGCCUGCCCGGGGCUAGCGAGGCGCAGGGGGCUGGGCAGGCUGGCCCUCGCCUGCACAGGUGCUCGGUACUCAAUACCAUCCUUUGCCAAAUGUAAAUAGAGACCAGCCUGGGCUGCGCAUGCAGCACCACUGCCUAAUAAAGCGGUGCAUGGUCACCUCCUGCUCCACGGGGACUGUGCCCGCAUCCCACCUCGAGUGGGGCAACUGUGUGGCAAAAUGGCAGGGAGGGGCAUUUUGUUACACAAAAGCUCUAAGUGAAGUGAUUUUUCCUGUGCUUUUGCAUGCACUGAGACCCUCUGUGCCUAAGCAAUCAGCUGACUCCUCCGAGACACAGGGGACAAGGGUGGUCACGUCCUUGCGAUGUCUUUGAGACCCUUCAUGGGCAGUGAUGAGCCAAUUUUGGAUAUGCCUGUUACUCCCUAUAGAAGGGGGUGCUCUUCAGGAUCUUUUGGCUCCUUGUUUUCCUUCACCUGUUGUAAGUCUGAGGCAAAAUCCCUGAAUUUCACAGAUUUCCUGAUCUCUUCCUCUGAGUAUUUACUGAUUCCAGUCCUGUUCUUUGUCUUCCUGACACCUUGUCUUUGGGCCAGCUUGCUCCUCUUUUUUCUGGCUGAAGCUCUAUCUGGUGUUCUUUACUGCUUCAUGCAUACCUUGCCUUUUAAACUUGUUCCUGGUGUUGCUCCUGUACCCACAAAUAUACAUUUCCUCCAUCCUUGCUUCAGCCUAAGCUUUAUCCCACUGCUACUCCCCAGCAGCACAUUCCCUUUCCUCUCUGCUCCCUGGAUGGGGAUGGCAGCUGCAAAUUGCUCAGGCAUCGGUGGGGUGAGUUAGCAGUGGCUUGAUGAAGGCUUUGUGAAAAAGCAUCAUCCUCCUCUCUGCCUGCUGCCAGGAAGAAGCUGUCCCUGCUGGUUGCUGGAGGGGGACAGAGGUGAUGGAUGAGACCACAGGGACCUUGCGUGAGUGGGUGCUGCAGCCGCAGCAGGAAUCCCGCUUGACAAUCCAGGGCUCUGGGAUAUUCCAGGCUCGAUUUGUAGCUGGAGGAUGGCUGUCCUGGCUUGUCCUUCACAGUUUGGAGCUGCUGUGGGGACCAUCGGGCAUGGCCAGUGUGGUCUGUGAGUGCACCCCGCGGUUGAGAGCCUGCAGAGCUGUGGUGGCUUGUUCCAGGAUGCCUCAGCCGCUACCACUCCUUAAAAGGCAGCGGAUCGAGCUGGUUGGGCGCCUGGUGUCUCCUUACAGCCCACUUGGCUGCUGGCAGCCCUGGCUGCCUCCCUCCAUCAUCCCAGUGAGGCAUUUUGUCCAGCAGGGACAGAGGUGACUCCAGCAGGAGGGUUUUUUCUCCCAGAGCCUGCAGGAAGGGCUGGAGAUGCAGAAAUCUUCAGAGAUGCUCUUGGAUGCCCUUGCUGCACUUAAAAGGUUUUGAGUGUCCUUUACCAGCCCCGCUGUGACGUGAUGGCUCCAGUGAGGAGCUCAUCCCAGAGGAUCCUCUGCCUUCUCUGUGGCUGGGUAAGCAGAGGCUUCUCAUGUCCGUGCAGCUGGGCAGUGGAGGCACAGGAGAGCCUCUCCAUGUAGAGGGGGGCUUUUUCCUCGAGGAGCUGUGGCAGGGAGCAAACUGCCUGGCAGCCAGUGCUGGCUCUAUUAGCGUGCUCACAGCCUUACAGUACAGUCCUGCCCCGGCAGCCUGGCUCCAUUCCAGGAGUAUCUGUGCCAGGCACAGGAAUGAGAGGAGUGAGACUGUGUGCAUUGCAGCAGCUCCCCAGAGCAGUCAUGGACCCCAGAACUGCUCUGCAAGCUGGGCUGUGUGUCCAAGUGCUUCAGCAAAGCAGCUCUUGAUCUUCACUGUGGGAAUUGCAUCCCUCCUCAGCCCUCUCUUCUCCAGGCUAAAGAAGUGAAACUCCUGAAGCAUUUCCUUGUACAAUAUGUUCUCUGGCCUUGACCAUCCUCACCAGGACUCUCUCCAUGUACCUGGGGUCCAAAACUGGACAGAGUAUCCAGGUGUGGCCUCACCAAUGCCAAAUAAAGGUAAAUAACCCCUUC